AUGGCGUUCUUGAGAAUCUCCGCGCUAGCCUGCGCUCUGCCCCUGGUGGCGCUCGCCCUCACGUCGUUCUGCCUCAACACCUCCGCCGAGCUCGCCGUCUCCGAGGCUGCCUCGUCCGCACUUGCUGCCGAUAUGCCCGGCGAUCUGGCUCAGCUGAAUGCCAAGGGCGGCAAGAAGACUCCUCCCACUCCCACAACCCCCGCCACUCCCGGCGGCACCCCCGCUGGAACUCCCGCAGUGAAGCUGAGCGGCGCGGACUCGAAGGUGGUAUCGCUGCUGGAGGCGGCGGCGGUUGACGUGGACAGCGCCAGGGCGAAGCUGACGAUGAAGAUGUACGUCAAGAGCUUGACGGACACGGCGGCGACGCUGCGCAACGCGGCGACGCUGAUUCGCAUGGGACAGCGCGCGCUGGUGGCGGGGCAGAUCGACAACUCGAUCGCCACCAUCAACGGUGUGAGCAUGAUGCUCCCCGCCGGCGGCGCCGACAAUAGUCUGCUCGCGUCCGCGCUCGGCAAGGCGCAGAGCGCCAAGGCCGCGUGGAAGGCGUAA